AUGCAUCAAACACUCACGACUUUCCCGAGUGAAGGCGGCCUCAACGACGGUCGAACAGCAUUCCUCCCUGUUCGUUCGACUUCCCUCGAAGUGGGACAAACUCUCCGAUUCCCGUCGGGCAAAAUCCCAGACGCAGAGUCGAAGCGACGAGAAAGGAAUCCGGCAACCCUGCUACCUCCCCCACGCCAGUCAGCCCGCCAGCGCGUCCCCGUCCACGCCCGAGCCACGCCCCUCACGCUCCUCACGCUCCUCUCGCUCUCUCGGAUUCCAGGAAAGGGAAAGUUGUCUCGACCUCCAUCCCGGUCCCGGCCCCAGGUGGGCCGCUUGCCGCAAUGUGGAUCGGCGCAGUGGGCCAUCUCCUCCUUUUUUCCCCUCGUGGUUUCUCCUUCACGCUUCGUCUGGAAUAAAAUGGACUCGGUUGGAAUUCUGCUCGAUUCACUUGUCGCCGGUCGCCUCCAGAGAGCAACCCCACCCGGAGAGUGA